UUUGAACUUAGAGUAAACAAAAGUGACCCAGCGAGACACAGUCACUGAGUCCACUGACUGAGUUCCAGUGGGUUUCUGUGGAGGUAGAAAACCACUCCAGAUGCACACUUCUCAGAAGACUUCAGCUCUGAGGGUACUGAUCUUCAUUAUUAUCAUAGUGCUUGCUUCAAGUACUUCGUGCAUGCAUGGAAAGCAGACGACACAGAACAUUUCAGCCCUUCCUUCAAAAGUUAAUACUUCACUGACUGUGCUGAUGGAUACAAAGGCUGUGCUCUGUUGCUAUCCUAUCCCAUUGACAAAUGUGGUGCUAAUAACAUGGGAAAUAAUCCUCAGAGACAGGCCGACCUGCAAAAUAUCCUACAAGGAAGAAACAAAUAAGACCACAGGCGAAUGUACUAAGGCAAUCACCUGGGCCUCCAGACCUGAUGUAAACCCUGGACUUCAGAUCCACCCAGUGGCUCUCAGUCAUGACGGCUAUUACAGGUGUCAAAUGGCAACACCUGAUGGGAAUUUCGAUCGUGGGUAUCACCUCCAAGUGUCAGUUUGCCCCAAAGUGACGCUGUCUCCUGUCAAGAACAGAACCGCGGUGUGCAAGGCUGUUGCAGGGAAGCCGGCUGCGCAGGUCUCUUGGGCCCCCAUAGGGGACUGUGUCACUGAGCACGAACAUUGGGACAAUGGCACAGUGACUGUCUGGAGUACAUGCCAUUGGUCAGAUAGCAAUGUGUCUGCUGUGACCUGCUCUGUCUCCCAUUUGUGUGGCAAGAAGAGUUUAUCCCAACGUCUGCUUCCUGAUUUCAGAGACCUGGGAUAUCCAGUGUCAUCUUUACUGAUCAUUCUCUACGUGAAACUCUGUCUUUUCAUGGUCAUUCUGGUCAUGCUGGGAUGCAUUUUCUUCAAGAACAUAGAUGACUGCAGGAAAGUGCUUUAAAAAUAAAGAAAAGAAAGGAUCCUCUUUUGCUUUUCCUCCUGAUCUCCUGGAACGCAAUGCUGGUGUAAAGAUUGAAAGUCUGGAAGCCAACCUGAGCCAUAGGUGACUGAGGAUAAAAGGCACUCACUAAGCUGGAGAGAAAGAAAGAUGGGAGCAACCUGGGCGUGAUGACCAUGGAGUUGUCCUAUGAACCCUAGGCCACCCACCUGCU